AUGUCCCUGAGUCGUUCAAGAGUCGCCGCGCUGGUGCUAGGCUCUUCUGAGCUGCAGCCUCGGCUAUUCCCCAACUGCCCCAGCUACUUGAAGGCCUGUCCCGUCUCCUUCUGCCUUUCAGUGUUCGUUGCAAACGCUGUAGUACCCAGUCCGACGCUUGACACCAUGCCUUUCUAUCCGCCUUCAUGGGUUCCGAAGCUGCCCUUCGAUCCGCCCGAUUCUAUCUCCAUCGCCGACUUCAUAUUCGACGAGAACUAUGGCCGCCAUCCGCUCGGCUACUCGCGGCCAAUGUUUACCUGUGGCAUCACCGGGAAGGAAUACUCGUCAUUGGAGGUCAAAGAGCGCGUUGAUUACCUUGCGCGAGGCCUUGCGAAGGAGUUCGGCUGGCGGCCGAACGAGGGCUCUGAAUGGGACAAGGUCAUUGGCGUCUUCAGCGUGAACACGCUCGACACGGCGCCGUUGGCCUGGGCCACCCAUCGCCUCGGUGGCAUCCAGACACCUGCGAAUGCUGCAUACAGUGCUGCUGAGCUUGAGUAUCAGUUGAAGAACUCGGGCGCCAAAUGCCUUUUCACUUGUGUACCCUUGCUCGAGACUGCUAAGAUAGCGGCGAAGAAGUGUGGCAUUCCGGACAACCGCAUUUACAUCUUGGAGGUACCCAAGGAGCUGACUGGAGGCAAGGGCACACCUGCUGGCAUGAAGACAGUGGAUGAUUUUAUCCGUGAAGGUGCAAAGUUGGAUCGCCUGGAGCCGUUGAAUCUGGCAUCGGGCGAGGGAGCGAAGAAGACGGCUUUCCUGUGCUAUUCUAGCGGCACAUCUGGGCUGGCAAAGGGAGUCAUGAUUUCACACCGCAACGUCAUUGCGAACACAAUGCAAAUCACAGCAUACGACGCGCCAGCCAGAAAAAAAUUGCAACAGCCAGGCACUCAGUCCGACUACACAGAGAACGGUUUGGGGCUGCUACCCAUGUCGCACAUCUACUCACUCAUUGUCAUCUGCCACGUCUCCGCGUACAGGGGCGAUGGAGUAAUAGUCCUUCCCAAGUUUGAUUUUGCGCAGAUGCUCGGGUCGAUACAAAAGUUCAAAAUCAACUCGCUGUACUUGGUACCCCCGAUCAUUAUCCUCAUGGCGAAGGAUAAAUCAACUCGCGAGAAGUUCGACCUGAGCAGCGUGUGGGCUAUAUUCACUGGAGCAGCACCGUUGGGCAAAGAAACUGCAGAUGAACUCCAAGCGAUUUAUCCAGACUGGAAGAUCCGACAGGGCUAUGGCUUGACUGAAACGUGCACUGUGGUCUGUUCGACUUCGCCGCAGGAUAUCUGGUUUGGUUCCAGCGGCUCUUUACUUCCUGGUAUCGAGUGUAAGAUUGUCACCACGGAAGGCAAUGAGGUCACCGGGCCAACGAGGAAACUUUUCAAGAUGGUAGGUUGUCGUGGUCCCGAGCAGAGUCGUCGCAGGCUGACUAGCGCAGGCUACAUGCGCACUGGAGAUGAGGCAGUCAUCCGCAAGGCACCAUCCGGCAACGAGCACGUCUUUAUUGUCGACCGCAUAAAGGAGCUCAUCAAGGUCAAGGGCCACCAAGUCGCUCCCGCAGAGCUCGAAGCGCACCUUCUCACCCAUCCCGCUGUCAACGACUGCGCCGUGAUCCAGGUCCCCGACGAGAAAUCUGGUGAGGUUCCAAAAGCCUUCGUCGUCAAGUCUGCUUCUAUAAGCGCGGAAGAGAGCGAUCGCAUUGUCGCGCGAUCCAUCCAGAAACACGUCGAGGAGCACAAGGCGCGGUACAAGUGGAUCACGGGCGGAAUCGAGUUUAUUGAUGUCAUCCCGAAGAGCCCUUCGGGCAAGAUUCUGCGACGGAUGUUAAGGGAUAAAGAGAAGGAGAAGAGGCGACAGACUGGUAGCAAGCUGUAUCACGUGAUCCAGUUCUUAUCGAUAAGGGUGACGUCGGCGGUUUACCCCACUAGUACCCGAUGGUGCACAGGCGCGGCCGAAGCAAAAACCUACGAUAUGGCGCACCCCGACCCGAACGCGCCCCACCAUGACGACGAGGAUGUCCACGAGGAGAACGAGAUGCUCGACGCCGAUGAGGCGGAUGAGGAGAUUGUGGACGACGGCGACGUGCCCAUGGAAUCAGACGAUGAGGGUGAAGGACAGGAAAUACAGAUGACAAUCAACCUCCAGAACGACUCGGCGGCACAUUUCGACAAGCAUACGGACAGCAUUUUCUGCAUAGCACAGCACCCUGUACACGCGAACAUAGUGGCUACCGGCGGAGGCGAUGAUGUGGGCUAUGUGUUCGACACUAGUUCGGCGCCGGCGGCACCACAGCCCAACGGGCAGCCGCAGGAGCGCGAGGGACUGAAGGAGCUGCUCAAGCUGGAGGGGCACAAGGAUUCGAUCAACGCGAUUACAUUCUCCGAGCCGAAGGGGCAGUUCGUCGCAACUGCAGGGUUGGACGGCAAGGUGCGAGUCUGGCAGGGCGUGCCUGACGGGACAAAGUGGAAGUUUCUGGCCGAGGCGCAGGAGGUCGAGGAGAUCAACUGGCUCAUCGCGAAUCCCUCGCCCAACCAUCCCAAUGUCGUUGCGUUGGGUGCGAACGACGGUAGCGUGUGGGUAUACCAGCUCGCCACCGACAAGGGCAGCGAACUGCAGGUGCUGCAGGCAUACUACCUGCACACCGAGACGUGCACAGCUGGCGCCUGGAGCCCUGAUGGCAACUUGCUGGCCACUGUCUCGGAAGACUCAAGUCUAUACGUCUGGGAUGUUUUCGGCGAGGCGGCUGCACAGGGGCUCACUUCUUCGACGAACUCGCAGGCUGUCGUAGGCUUGACGGGUGUAGACGAACGGUUCCGCGUCGAAGGCGGUCUCUACACCGUCGCUAUUGCGCCGUCCGGAACUUUCCUUACUGUCGGUGGACCUGAAGGCCACGUCCGUGUUAUCGGUCUCCCUCGCCUCUCCGCUACUUCAGAAGCAGGUACCUCAUCUGGCGGCCAGGGCGCAUCCGCUAAGGCUGGCGGAGGAAAGCAAGCUGCAGCAAAGGGUGGAGCCAGCUCAGCUGGUCAGACAGGACAGAUUCUUGCCAGCCUUCAGGCUGGAACUGACAACGUCGAAACCCUGUCAUACUCAUCACCGCCGCUUACGCUCAUGGCUGCGGGCAACGUCGACGGCAGUAUCACUUUGUUCGACACUGCACACCGUUUCGCCAUCCGCCGACGCAUCGAGGACGCGCAUGCCGAUGAGGACUUUCCUCACGCGGUAGUGAAGGUGGAAUUCUUGCGGAAAGAGGGCGCCGGUGCUUGGAUACUCACGUCUGCGGGUUAUGAUGGUACUCUUAAGCGGUGGGAUGCUCGAGGCGGAACUGCGGCUGCGGCCAAGGGUCUCAUCGGCGAGUGGAAGGGCCACCGAGGUGGCGGCGAGGGAGGUGGAAUCAUGGGCUUUGUCCAGGGCGGCGACGGUAGCAAGGUCGUCACAGCAGGUGACGAUGGCGUCGCACUGCUGUUCUCAACACCCCUGCCAUAA